UAUUUACUAAAUAUUGUAUUAAUAGUUGUAAUUUAUGAUAAUUUUAAUUUAGUCAAAUGUGAUAAUCGGUGUCCGGCCGGUUGGGACGCRUACGACAAUCAAUUGAAAUGUAUAAAAAUAAUCGGCGAUACAUUGGCUACGUAUACGGACGGCCAGAAUAUAUGCGGACAACAAGCACAGGGAUCUAGCUUAUGGAUAGUCCAUACCCAAGCGGAACAAUCAUAUUUAACUAGCUAUUUAUUUAGCCAGCAUAGACUAGUUAAUUCAAUAUGGCUGGGCGGCCAGAUUAGCCAGCAACAAUUACAAUGGUCAGAUAGUAGCCAGGUUACGUAUACAAAUUGGUUGGAUGGUCGUCCCGAAUAUUCAACCCAGGUACAAUGUUUGGAAAUGCAAUCGCAAGAAUCGACCCAGGGUAAAUGGUUGGAUACGGUAUGCAAUAAACGUAACCAGGUAGUUUGUCAAUUAGGACAAUCCCAGCAACCUAUAGAUGAAUUACGUAGAUUGAUCCAGCAAACUCAACAACAAGUUGAACAAUUACAACAACAUAUCCAAGUAUUGGAAACCAAUUACAAUCAAUUAGCGGAAAAUCCCGUUCCCGUCGGGUUUAUAUAUGUACAGUUAGGUCAACAACAACGGCCACAACACCUAUGGCCACAAUCGUCGAUAAAAUGGUACGAUAUUACCCAACAGUACGCGGGUUUGUUUUUCCGAGCCGAAGGUCCCGAUUCGGCCAAAUUUGGUGAGAUUCAACCGGCCAAUUGGUCCCGAUUGUCUACUAUAAGGACCCGAUCGUGUUAUACACCCGAUCACGGUAGCUAUUGUGAGGAAUUUACUACCGAAUUGGGCGAUACGGGUGGUUGGAGUCCGGAAUUUAUACGUAAAGAUUUCUCCAAUGAUAUGUAUUUCUAUGUGACUACCGGUUUGGAUAAUAGACCCCGUAAUCAAGCCAUACGUAUUUAUAAACGUAUUGCUUAA